GCAGUAAGGGUUGAUGGAGCCUCAGCGAUGCUCUGGAGCUGCUUCUGGCAGCCAGAACUGGAUGGGUAGUGACAAAUCAGGAAGAAAAUAUCAUACUCUCUUUGAGGAAGCUGAAGUUUAUGGGUGACUAGACUUUCAAAGAAAACAACCAUCCCAAAGUUUGAUGUGUCAGAGUUCAUUGAAGCUUGGUUUAGUCAAAAGUCAGAAGGUACUAGAGUGACAAUCACUGCUGCCUGAAUCAAGCUCUGUUGGGAAUUCCAUGGGAUUGGAAAAAAGUGGUUGUAACUUCGCAAAUCAGGAAACUUAUUAAAGGUCUUUAGCCACAUUAGGAGGACUAAAACUCCUGAGGUACUCUGUCAGAAGCCUGAGUCUGGCUAUGAAUCAUGUUUGCUGCAGGGGAGGCAAAUGGGGCUCUGCUAAGUAAAGAUGCUUGUCAUGAAGGGGUUUAACGAUAUCGAGACUACAGUAGUCAUUAAAAGUGGUAUUUUGGGUUUAAUUGUAAUAUUGCUGAACUAAUUAAGUCCUUCUUGCUUGAACAUUUUUCCAACAAAUCUAAUCUGCAGCCGUGAUUAGACAGUUAUGAUUUGCAACCGUAGAGCUAAUUUAUUGACUCACGCGUGAAGGCAAAAUAUUAUUCCUCACCAAGCAGGACGUUGGUCAGUGAGAAUGGAGAAGUGAGUGAGUAAUGAGUCUAAAACAAUGACACUGUGAGCCUGAGCGAGGAGGAAGUGACACCACGCAAACCAGGUAAAUGUAACGAGACACAGCAGUGGCCACAGUGUGAAGUUGUCGUCUGUCACGGAUGAAAUGUCUGUCGACGGGACUAAGCUGCUGUUCGAGGGCUUUCUGCAGAAAAGGAAGGACACUUUGAAGAUUCGAUGGGUGACCUACUGGUUCAGGCUUCAAAACACUACCUUGUUCUUUUAUACCAAGAAAAACGGCAGCGCCUCACAUUUGAGAGGCUAUUACUACAUUUACACAGUCCAGUCGGUGCGGGAGGUGCAGAGACCUGACAAGAAGAGCUUUUUGUUUGAAAUCGUCAUGACGAACGGAAAGAAAAAGAUGUUGGCAGCGGAGACAGCCGCCCUCAGAAAGGAGUGGGUUGGACACCUUUGGCAGGCCAUGCAGUUCUCUUCUUCUGGACUUUUUGACCCUGAAGACAUGGACGGUGUCAUCUUUGAUCCUCGAGCGAGGGCGAACAGCGGCAUCUCCCUGUGCAGCGACAGCGUGAUGGAGGUGCAGCCGGCUCGACCUCUCUCCACCUCGUCGGAGCACAUCUACUCAGAGCCCGGGAUCCUCGCUCCGUCCGUCUGUCGGCCCGCGGACCAGGAGGACAGCGAGGACGACGACGCGACCUACCAGAACCCGCGGAGACAACUCCACUGCAGCAAUCCCACCGAGGAUCCUGAUUGCUCUGAAGAACAAAGACAAGAUGGCCUCUACGAUGUCUUACCAGCCAGGAAAACCAUAUGUGAAGCCCCUUCAACGCAAACGCAUGAUGCCGUGUAUGACUUCCCUUCGUCUUACAUGAGACCUACUGAACAACAAGAUGCAGUCUACGACGUGCCGUCCCAUCUGUUGAGGAAGAAGAGCGAUCCCACUGAAGACGAGCAGUCAGAGGAGGGAACCUACUGGAGGAUAUGACGAGAAGCUGGAGGAGGACGGACACGUCUAACUUUGUGGAUCAGAACUAGAGCCGUGCAAUAGUGGCCUAAUGGUCGUUGCAGUACUAAUGGCAAAAGUAUAGCAAUUGCAAAAAACAAAAA